GAUCGAUCCUUCACCGCCCACGGGGUCGAGAGCAGCAGAAUCGUUCGCCUGCCGAUCACAGAGAUCGAGCCCGCCCUGCCUCCCGCUCGCUCACGUGACCCGACCCUCCGAUUGUCACGCGGGCGCCGCUCACCUGACCGGGGUCUCACGUGGGCUCAGCCUGCUGGAAGGGGAGCUGGCCGGUGGGCCAUGGCCGGCUGCAGGCUCUGGGUUUCGCUGCUGCUGGCGGCGGCGUUGGCUUGCUUGGCCACGGCACUGUGGCCCUGGCCCCAGUACAUCCAAACCUACCACCGGCGCUACACCCUGUACCCCAACAACUUCCAAUUCCGGUACCAUGCCAGUUCGGCCGCGCAGGCGGGCUGCGUCGUCCUCGACGAGGCCUUUCGACGCUACCGUAACCUGCUCUUCGGUUCCGGCUCUUGGCCCCGACCCAGCUUCUCAAAAAACCAGCAAACGUUGGGGAAGAACAUUCUGGUGGUCUCCGUCGUCACAGCUGAAUGUAAUGAAUUUCCUACUUUGGAGUCGGUAGAAAAUUACACCCUAACCAUUAAUGAUGACCAGUGUUUACUCGCCUCUGAGACUGUCUGGGGCGCUCUCCGAGGUCUGGAGACUUUCAGUCAGCUUGUUUGGAAAUCAGCUGAGGGCACGUUCUUUAUCAACAAGACAAAGAUUAAAGACUUUCCUCGAUUCCCUCACCGGGGUGUACUGCUGGAUACAUCUCGCCAUUACCUGCCAUUGUCUAGCAUCCUGGACACACUGGAUGUCAUGGCAUACAAUAAAUUCAACGUGUUCCACUGGCACUUGGUGGACGACUCUUCCUUCCCAUAUGAGAGCUUCACUUUCCCAGAGCUCACCAGAAAGGGGUCCUUCAACCCUGUCACUCACAUCUACACGGCACAGGAUGUGAAGGAGGUCAUUGAAUAUGCAAGGCUUCGGGGUAUCCGUGUGCUGGCAGAAUUUGACACUCCUGGCCACACUUUGUCCUGGGGGCCAGGUGCCCCUGGGUUAUUAACACCUUGCUACUCUGGGCCUCAUCUCUCUGGCACAUUUGGACCGGUGAACCCCAGUCUCAACAGCACCUAUGACUUCAUGAGCACACUCUUCCUGGAGAUCAGCUCUGUCUUCCCGGACUUUUAUCUCCACCUGGGAGGAGAUGAAGUUGACUUCACCUGCUGGAAGUCCAACCCCAACAUCCAGGCCUUCAUGAAGAAGAAGGGCUUUACUGACUUCAAGCAGCUGGAGUCCUUCUACAUCCAGACGCUGCUGGACAUCGUCUCUGAUUAUGACAAGGGCUAUGUGGUGUGGCAGGAGGUAUUUGAUAAUAAAGUGAAGGUUCGGCCAGAUACAAUCAUACAGGUGUGGCGGGAAGAAAUGCCAGUAGAGUACAUGUUGGAGAUGCAAGAUAUCACCAGGGCUGGCUUCCGGGCCCUGCUGUCUGCUCCCUGGUACCUGAACCGUGUAAAGUAUGGCCCUGACUGGAAGGACAUGUACAAAGUGGAACCCCUGGCGUUUCAUGGUACGCCUGAACAGAAGGCCCUGGUCAUUGGAGGGGAGGCCUGUAUGUGGGGAGAGUAUGUGGACAGCACCAACCUGGUCCCCAGACUCUGGCCCAGAGCGGGUGCCGUCGCCGAGAGACUGUGGAGCAGUAACCUGACAACUAAUAUAGACUUUGCCUUUAAACGUUUGUCACAUUUCCGUUGUGAGCUGGUGAGGAGAGGAAUCCAGGCCCAGCCCAUCAGUGUAGGCUACUGUGAGCAGGAGUUUGAGCAGACUUGAGCCACCAGCGCUGAACACCCAGGAGGUUGCUGUCCUUUGAGCCAGCAGCGCUGAGCACCCAGGAGGGUGCUGGCCUUAAGAGAGCAGGUCCCGGGGCAGGGCUAGUCUUUCACUGCCUCCCGGCCAGGGGAGAACACCCCUUGCCCGUGUGCCCCUGUGACUACAGAGAAGGAGGCUGGUGCUGGCACUGGUGUUCAAUAAAGAUCUAUGUGGCAUUUUCUCUAA